AUGCGAAACUCCACUAACAUAGAUCUACUAGGCAUCAAAGGGUCUGGAAAGUCGACCGUGAUAAAGCAAAUGCACAGUAUCUACUCCAACGGCUUCUCCGAAGAAGAGCGUCAUAAAUCACGCCCUGUUAUAUUGAAAUACCUUCUGGGUAUUUUCAAAACUCUGCUAAGUAACAUGGAUACGGAGAGAAUGUCAUUCGGUACAGAGACUGCCAAGUUGUCCGUGGAUCUGAUUGCCAAAACGGAUGCGGAUGCUGUCUUCAGCGGAGCUCCAGUAGAUGCAGCUAUUUGCGAUGCCAUGAAGAACGUGUGGCUUGAUCCUGUAAUGGUAAGUGGCUUCCAAGACCGAUUUUGGAUGGCAAUGCUCAAAGUUCCACCUACUAGUUUUUACAACUCUACCGAUCGUCUUACUACUCCCGAAUGGCUCCCCAAUGAGCAGGAUACCCUCCAAGCACGAAUUCGGUCACUGGGGGUUACUGAAAUUUCCUUCAACAUAGGUCCGAUCACUUGGGAAAUGGUCAAAAUAGAUAAUUGCGGAGCGGGGGUACGGGAAAAGGGACUACACCAUUUCGAAGAUGUCCAUUGCGUGCUUUAUGUCGUUCCACUUUCCGAUUAUGAUCAACGUUUGAUCGAGGACGAUAGUGCGACUAUGAUGCACGAGAUAAUACUGGCCUUCGAGUCAUCGAUCUAUUACAACCGAUGGUUUAAGGACAAGCCUCUCGUUAUAUUCUUGAACAAAGUGGAUAUUUUCAAGGAGAAACUUGCUAUUUCACCGCUCUCCGAAUAUUUCCUGAUUUUGAGGGUUCGAAUACGGACUUCUCGGCUGCUGCAGGCUAUUUUGCUAAUCGUUUCCGAACAUCGGCAACCGCCAGAGCGAAGGAGCGUCAAGUUUAUACAUAUUUCACAAAUGCCACCGACACAGCAUCAAUGA